AUGAAUAGAACACACGUUGAUUAUGCCACAAGCCAUGACGUCGUUUUGAGGACAAGCGGAGUCACACGCCGUACUAGGUGCAGCCCACGUUAUGAGCGCAUUCUGGCAUCGUGUGUGGAGGAACAUAGAAAAGCCGCAGACAAAUUCGAGUUCCGUCGUACUCUUUAUCUCAAACUUCAGGCUCUUGAUCCUCCUAUUCGAUUUCUCAAGUAUGACAACACAGCUGAAAAGUUUUAUGCUGUGGAAGAGACUGGAAUGCGAGUUGCUUUCAACCGAACGGCAAGGCAGCUGAGCGGGAGAGCAAGGAAGAAGAUGAGUUCUUCAAUCUAUGCGAAUGAAGUCACGGCCUCUGAUAUCCUCUUCUCGGACGACGGGUUUGAAAACAAAGCGCAUACCGGCAAUCGGUUCUUGCAUCGAAUGCUAGCACCAAUGGCCAAGGCUUACCAAAGUGCAGAACACCAACUGGAAAUGUGUUCCAAACUGUUCUGGCAAUUGAAGAAAGAGAACAUUUCCAUCCGCUUCUUACGACGCAGUGAUGAGAAACGAAAGUACUACCUUUGCAACAAGGACUACUCCGUCUGGAGGAUUCGAAUUAUUUUGGAGGGCAUGGCCAUUGUGGAUCGCUGCCUCCCUGGCAACAACAACAACAACAACAACAACAACAGUCAUCAUCAGUUUUCAAAAGACGCUUUCACAAUUAAUAUGACGAAUACAGCGCAACCCAUAGUUGCAGCCGCAGGGGCUUCCGGAGAAGGAGGUGCAAAGAAGUCAAGAAGUUCUUCUCGGAGGUGUCGUCGUAAAAAGAUGAUUCUACAUAUUGAGGCUAAGAAAAUAGCGAAACAGACAGGAAAGAAAGGUGGGGAAGCUCCUGAAGUUUCAAAAGCUCAGAAUGCUUCGGAGAUGGAAUCGCAGAAUGCAGCGCAGAAUACGCGUACCAUGGUUUGCAACGAGAAUGAUGGUUACAACUGGAAUCGUCCAACCCAGACCAAAUGUCCUGCACCACGAGCUGUCCUCACUCGGUCACGAGGAGUAGUCAAACUCGUUUCAAAACCGACCAAUGGUUCGUUGACUCCUCGUGUUGCAGUUCUGCCAAUGAGAUGUAAGAAGCACUCGGGACAUAAACAACUUCGCUGUGAUGGGUUGGUGGUGAAGGUGGAAAUUGACGACGAAACCAAGAGAUCGUUGCAAGAGCGACAAAAACAAACGGCACUCCUGGAAUUGGUCCCCGCUACUAUCAUGAAGUCUUUACUUCCAACUGCAAAACAGAUUCAUGCGGUAUAUUCGAACCCAAAUCAGCUGCGUUGUCCCCUACUUCAAGUCACUGAUUGUACUUUUGGACAAAAUCCUUUUGCAGAUAAGCUGAACACUACUGUGAACAAUAAGGUGCUCCCUGGCUUUGAAAAUAAUGUAGCCCAGAGGAACAAGGUGCCCCCUGGCUUUGAACAUGUGGCGAAUUCAAUGCAACCACUGGUUGCUAUGGGAGAGGACGACCGAGAUGACGUCGCAAGCCAAUCCAACCAUCGUCGAUUGGAUGAUCAUCGCGAGUGUCACGAAGAAUGUCAUGACGUUAAAGACGAUGACUACAUGUACAUGGAAGCAAUGAGUCGAGCAAUGGUGACUGGAUUGUGUGGCUGGGAAUAG